CCCAAAUUAACACUAAAGAAGAAGAAGCUUUACGUUUGACAUUAGCUGAAAAUGAGAAGCUAACGGGAGACGAGAAGUUUUCUGCUUGCACUUUAUUAAAAGUCAAGCCACGUAUACGUAGGCCUCUUUAGUCAUGGGAAACCAAGUGGAAUAACCCUUUGCGGAUUUUGUCAACACUCCAGCGGGUCUGCAGCAGGUGGAGGCAGCAGCUGAUUCUGCAGAGAUGACCAACCUGAACUGGAAACCGUUCAUCUACGGAGGGAUGGCCUCGAUUGUCGCAGAAUUCGGGACGUUUCCCAUUGACCUGACUAAGACCCGGCUACAGGUCCAAGGUCAGUCUCAGUACACGGAGAUUCGAUACAGAGGCAUGUUCCACGCCCUCUUCAAGAUUGGCAAAGAGGAGGGCAUAAAAGCGCUGUACUCUGGGAUUUCUCCAGCUCUGUUGAGACAAGCCUCUUACGGGACGAUCAAGAUAGGGACCUACAACUCUCUGAAGAGGCUGUUUGUCACUAAUCCUGAAGAUGAGACGAUGGUCAUCAACGUCUUCUGUGGCGUCGUGUCUGGAGUGCUCUCCUCUUCUCUGGCAAACCCAACAGACGUUCUCAAGAUCAGGAUGCAGGCGCAGGGCAGUCUGCUCCAGGGCAGCAUGAUGUCUAACUUCAUGAACAUCUACCAGACAGAGGGCACCAGAGGCCUGUGGAGGGGUGUCCUCCCCACAGCGCAGCGAGCAGCCAUCGUCGUCGGGGUGGAACUUCCUGUGUACGACAUCACGAAGAAGCACCUCCUCCUCUCCGGCGUGAUGGGAGACACCAUCCUGACACACUUUAUUUCAAGCUUCACGUGUGGCCUAGCGGGGGCGCUGGCCUCCAACCCUGUUGAUGUGGUGCGGACUCGAAUGAUGAACCAGCGAGUUUCGUCAGGAGCCCCGAUGUACAAAGGCACGAUGGACGGACUGAUGCAGACGUGGAAGAACGAGGGCUUCUUUGCUCUCUAUAAAGGGUUCUGGCCCAACUGGCUGCGACUCGGGCCCUGGAACAUCAUCUUCUUCAUCACCUUCGAGCAGCUGAAGAAGCUCCCGUUUUAACGGACAGGAAGCGGGACUAGCUCUGUGUAGACUGUGUCGGGCAGAAAUGUGAGCGCCUGCAGGUUCAUCACACUCCCUGCACAUCAUACCAAUGAUACAGUACAACACUCCUCAUCUGCCCAUCCAGCAAUCAUCCAAAUCUUAUGUUCUGUGUUUUAUUUAUUCUCACUGGUUUUUGUACAGUUUUUAAGGAGUGUGCUCUCAUCCUCCUUCGACACUCCCCAGGCAGCUAAGAGUUUGGUUGUAGCAGAAGAGACGUGGUUUAUUGUUGUUUAGUUUAACACUGGAUAGGGUGAGAGUGAGAGGGGGCCUUUAUUUAUUAAGAAACAGGACUCCAACACAGAUCUGGACAUGUUAAAUUCAUUAGUAAGCCUAGGAAGUGAAGUAAGCCAGGUGAGACAUGCAAGGCUAUGCCGUUUGUGAAGAUUAGAGGAAAGAAAAUAAUGUGAAAUUAAAAUAGGAACGUCACCAAAGUGACUGUUACAGGUGCUCACUGAACUGAGAGGAAAUAAGGCUAUAAAGAGCACUCCAGAAGAAGGGGUCACUCAGCCGGUAAAAUGCAUCUUUUAAAAGGUCAGUUGACAGAAAAUAAAGAAACUUCACGCGAGACAUGGGAGGCUACAAGCAAACCCAUCCAAACGAACAUAGGUCAAAUCGGUUCUAGACUUUGUAAUAAGGAAAUGUUGCAUAGCCUACUUCCAAGGUUUUACUUGAAUCAAUCACAAAUCUGAACCAAAGCCUCUAAAGACAACUCUUUAUUAUUAUUUCACAACCAAAAUAUGUUUAGUUUUUGUGUCUUUUGAAGGAAAUACUCCGUCAGAUCCAUCACUUUUAAUAAAGGUGUUUCUUCAUCUUUUUUUAACAUACUGCGCCUCCAUUCUGCUGAUGUAUUGGAAGCUAAUUUCAUUAUGGACCUGCAGGACACGUUACAUUUCAUUCACACAGGAAAGCAGCAGCUGGCGGUGACAGAAAAUGCUUAAUGUGUUUCUAACAACCCGGGUUCAAUUAAUUUGCAGAGAGAAACUCUGCUGAGAAGUGUCUGAAAGUCAUCAUUUGGGAUUAUGAAAUAUUUGUGAAUCACGUUCUCAAAGAAACUCCAACCACUUAAAACAAACCAAAUGCAUUUCAUACAAAACUAAUACACACGUGUUUGUCCCUUGUUUGACUCGUGCAAUACAGGAGUGCAGCUUUUUCUUUUUACUCCACCAGCACUACUUAACUUCAGUCUUAUUUAAGUACUUUUGUUUUCAAUUUGGAGACUGUUGGUUGUGUUUCAGGUUGCCCGUCAAAGUGGCAUUCAUUUUCCAUGGCUUUAAGGCUGGGAGAAGUCCUUUUUUAAAGUGUUAUUUAAAAAAUACCUAGAAAGAGAAGGAAAGAUGGUAUUCCGAGGAAAAGUAAACUGAAAUUCCCAAAAUUAAAUUGUCAACGUGCAUGAAAAAAGGAUCAAAGUCCUAAAUUUACAAGGGGAAGAAAACAACACGCAUUGAGGUGAAUGAAACUGUAAUAUUAAGAUAGUCAAGUCAAACAGUUCAGAGGGAAGAACUGUAAAUUCACUUCAAUAUUUUAUUUAUUAUUGUUUUUUAUAUUAUUUUCAAAAGUUCUGCUUUUCAUGUUGUUCGAAUUUGACCUGAGAAUGAGUCUUGUAUUUAUUCCCCACGUCUUAAAUCCUCACGCUGGCAUGAUUCUUGUUAUUUUAUCAUUUUUAAACAUUGCUCUGGGUCGACCACUUUGAAAACUCUUCCUACGUUUGCCUGGCGACUCCUUCCCUUCAUUAUAUCUGUGAACGAUGUGUUACCUGUGACCUUACAUGCAGCACUGACUACGUUUACACGCCUUGUGCAUGCAAGCAUAGUCAAUGAUAGGAGUUUGCUCCGGAAGGGGUUGAAAGCGGCCCAUAAAUGAAAGUAAUUUGGGCUGAGAAGUCUCCUUGCUGUAGUUAAAAAAAAACUGCUCUGUGGCCCAAAUCCUAGAAGGCCUGUUUUAUAAGAACCUGUGUUUUUGUAAUCAAAGAGGCGCUCACGUGGAAGUGUUAUGCUUUGUUUUUGCUCCUUAAUCAUGAAUGUAAAGCACUUUAUUUUUAUGAAGGAGGGCUGGUGAUGGAUUAAUAGAAUUGACCGAGGUCGGGAAAUAAAGAGCCUCUGCAGAAAUGGUAGUUUUUUUCCAGCGGGUGCCAUGUAAUCAGACUUUUUCUUCAGUGGACUUUCAGUAUAUUGGGGUUUUUGUAGAUCUGUUUUGAUGCUUUUAUAUUGAUUUAACUCGCGUUCUCUUCAGACAUUCUUCAUGAAGCUUAUUCUCUGCUUGUGACUUAAAAUUCAUUUGAUUGAAUGUUUUUCCCUGGCUAUAGAAUCCAGUUCCUCAGCCUGAUGUCAAACAACACUCAAAAAAUACUAGCCUUUAAUUUCAGAUUUUGGCCUCAUUCCUCUUGAUCACAUUCUGAAAUUAAGUUUUGACAUUUUCAAUGACUUCUAAAUUAUGUGUUGAUUUAAAGACCAAAAUGAGUGCAUCCUCAUUGGAGCUAAUGAAGGUUUUUAAAGGAGAGUAACUCCAUCAACAUGCCUCUGUUUUAGAGGCGUAUUCAGUCUUUUUACCUCCUGGAAACUCUGUGGCAAGAGGAUAAAAUCUGUUUGUACAUUUCCACUUGUUUGCACCUUGGUGUUUGCUGUCUCUAUCCUUCACGCUUGUUGACGUGAUGAAUUUUGAUGGUGGAGGUUUUUAGUUGGGGAGUAUUUUAUUUUUUAUUUUCUUUGGGUCCGGCUUUAUAUUCAAUGUUCACUCAAAUAAAAUAUAUGCUGUGAUUGUUUCUGUA